AUGCGCGAACGCGAAAUCGGAUAUCAACCAUGGUGGAAUUGUGCUGUUUCCGGCCAGCACCCGGCAAUGGCUCCUUUACUAGUUUUGUUCAAACCACGUGGCGUUUCACUUCUAUACGAAAAAAGAAGAAGUAUUUCUUCGCGAAUCGUCCACUCUUUGUGCACUGCGAUAACAAUGGAUUCUCGCAAAAAGUGGCAAUUCACAUCAGAACAGUUAGAAAGAUUAAGGUUGAAAAGAGAGAAAUGGCAUCGUGAUCAAGAGCGUUUGAUAGAAUAUGAAAAACUAAGAUCAAGAAAGAUUAAUGAGUAUGAAGAAAAAAGGAAACAAGCUGAAUUAAUGAAAAACUCUGACAAGCAAGAGUCUUUACAGCAAAGCAAGAGCGAUAAUCCACAACGAAGAAAAACUAGUUCUCCUAACUAUGAGCAUUCUAAAGAAUGGAAAACAUCAGUGAUAUUUAAUGGUCCAGAAAGUAUAACUGAUAUGAAAAAACUUAAAAUAACUAUUAAAGCAGACAAUCUUUCAACAAAUUAUCAAACUACAUCAAAUAAUAUCGAAUGUGAUAUUAUAAAUCCAAAUGAUAUAAUUCUUCCGCGAAGACAAGAUGAAGGUGCAUGUCCAAUAUUCAAACGUAUUGAAAUAGAAAAAUCUGAAGAAAUACGGAAAAUCACUUUCUCACAAGAUGAGCAAUUAGAAAAGGAAUUGUCAACAAGUAGGAAGAAUGCUUCUACAAGCAGAAGUCUUAAUGAUGAUAUAAUCCACCAUUAUUGUGAUUCUAGUUCAUACAAGUCAACUAUGUGUCGAAGUGAUCGAAUAGAUGAUAAUAAAAGAUACAGUCGCGACAGAAGGCGACAUAGUUCAACAAGGGAAUGCAAAGAGAAAAAUAGAAAUAGAAAUGAAAGAAGAAAUAGAAGUUCAUUACAUUAUAGUGCAUCUUUCACUAGAGAUCAGUCGAGAUCUCAUUACAGAAGUCAUUCACCAACCGGUGAACGAGAUAGAGAAAGAAAGAGAGACAAUAACGAAAUAAGUAAAUUUUCAUCUAAAAGAAAUUAUUCUGAUCAAUCAUACAAUUUAGAUAAUCGUGUAUCUUCAAAGUUACACUCUUCCUCGGAUAGCUUCUAUAGCUCCUACAUACGGUUACCUAAACCUUUGCUGAUGCCGAUGCCUCGAGUACCGACACCACCCAUGCUUAUGCCUGUUUUUCCAGGAUCCGUACUCCCUAUGCCAUUUCCACCGACGAAUAUAUAUCAUCAACAACCUUAUCUCAGAUUUUUUAAUGGCAGAGGAAUUGGAAUCCACAAUAAUCGAUAUAAUGUCCAAAAAUACUUUUAA